AUGCUGACGUUCCUGCUUCCCGUAACGCGCCGAUCGCUAUCCUUUGCGUGCUCUCUGCUUCACUUCACCUCUUUGCUUUCUCCUGCACACUCUCCUCCUAUCCAGUUCCUCAUCUCGUCAAAAUGUCGGGAUCUUGAGCGCUCUCUCCGUCUCCACUGCCCCAGUCUCUUGGCUUCUCACCAACACGAGUCAAUUCCUGACUGGUCCGAUCCAAAAGACCUCCAAGAAGCGUUGGGGAGAUGCGACGGGGCUAUCCUAGCCGCUAGUGGCUGUGGAGAUGAUGCCAUCAACUUACCCAGUAGCUCAACGGACGAGUGGCUCCGGUGCGAGCAGAGCUUGGCAACUCUCGUGUCCAAAGACCAUCGGAUAGUCAAGCUAUCAUGGACUGAACGAUUCGUGGGGGAGCGCUCUCCUUCUGCUGUGGGGCGCGCCAAUUGGUCUCUAGAAGAGGAGUUAAAAGGAAAGUUUGGGGGUGGGAUGAAUUGGGCUCAUAACCUGACCAUUGUACGAGCCCCUACUGGGAUGGAUGCGUUCCUACGUGGUCGGCUGUUCGACUUGGUGUGCGGACGGACGCUAUCCAUGAGCAUUAAACGAGGACGCAUUGCAUUUGUGCAUCCGCUGGAUGUAGCGGAAAGUUUAAGCGCGCUGCUAGAAAAGGAAACGCUGCUAUCGGAGGGGGUUGGGGACAAAGUGAGCUACUCGAAUUUCCCGUUGUGGGCAGUGCAACCUGCGCGAUGGGUACGUGGAGUGCCUGGUGAUGUUAUUGAGGAGGAGCUUGGAGUGAUUCGAGCGCUGGAAGCUGGUGCGCAGAAAGGAGUGGAGAGUAGCGUUAUGGAGAAGCUUUUGGGACACAAACCACGCACAUUUCGCGAGUUUGUAGCGGAGAAUUCGGAUGCGUGGCCUCGUACUAAUCCACUGUAG